UCACAAUGACAUUGUGAUAAAUUACUCCUGUUUCUGAAAAAAAAGUCUCAUGAUAACGAUCUCUGAUGUCCAUAAAAUAUCAAAAUUUUAACGACUGUUAUGAAAUUUAGAGAACAAAAUGGGAAGAUCAACAUUUAUAUUACGUGUUACUAUUUUUCUGAUCAGUUUAAUAUGUGUGCAAGGAGACACAUUUCAUGAAGAACUGGUGAUAAAGCCUUUUUUGCCGGCGCAUCUUUACACGUAUUUUCAAUUUAUUACUUUAGUUAAUAGUGAAUCUUCUGAAGAUACCCAUUUAUCUCCAAGAUCAUUAUUAGAGAUUGUGUCUCGUUUCCAAGUAGAUGAGUUGCAUUUUACUCUGACAGAGGGUCAGUGGCGACAUCGCCAGUGGGGCUAUCCAGUAUUAGAUGCUGCGCCAGGAGCAGAACUCUAUGCAUGGUUUUCGUCCGAGGUUAAAGAUGUAGAUUCUCAGUGGAAGAAGUUAAGUGCAGCACUUUCAGGACUUUUCUGUGCUUCACUUAAUUUUAUUGAGAACUUUAACACUAUAACACCACAGAUGGCUCUAUGGCCAACGAGUGCUCUACCAACUAAUAAAAAUAUCACAUCACAAUUGCGAUAUGCAUCACUGCCCAGAGAGAUUGUUUGCACUGAAAAUCUAACACCAUGGAAAAAACUUUUACCAUGUGAAUCUAGUCAAGGGUUUUCAGCAUUGCUGAACUCCAGAAUGAUACACAAUACUAACUAUCACUCCAUAGGAGUUCAUGUGAGGAAAAUUUGUGCUUCAAAGGAUUGUUCUGAAAUCAACUUGGAAAUAAAGCAAACAGUAUCAUUAGUAUAUGAUUUGAACAUAAUUAAGAAUAUGGAUUGGUCAUUCACAAAGCUUUUUGGUCAGGGUUUGCCAGGUGCAUGCCCUCUCGCAACAAGCAGUAAAGUAUAUGUUGAUGUCACUUCUAAUGCAACGAGACCAUUCCAGUUGGUUCCACCACCUGAGUCUGUCAUAUAUUCCCAGCGUGGAGGGAGUGACACUACAUUUGCACUUUAUAACAUUAAGGCUGAUGGUCAAAUGGUAACAAUAGGUGCAAAGCAUGGAUCUAAAAAUGCAUUAACUCUCAGCACUCCACCGCCUCUAUACUUUAAUCGAUACAUAUUAGGAUAUGGAAAAGAGUUUGGAGGCAUUGUGACAGAAUUAAUUAAUAACUUUUGGACUCCAAUAGAAGUUGUUGUAUUAGAAAAUGCUCCUUGGUGGUUGCCGAUCCAAUUAAGUUCAUUAAGAAUCAAUGGUGAGGCUAAAAGUGAUUUAGUACUAUCAAGGUACUACUCCCCUGGACGCAGUAGGCAGAAACCAUAUCAUUUAGAAUUACUUAUGAAGUUACCUCCACGGUCUACAACUACACUCACAAUAGAUUUCGAGUUUAUAUUUUUAAAAUGGCAAGAAUACCCACCAGAUGCAAAUCAUGGAUUUUAUGUUGGUUCAGCAAUUAUAACUGCAAAUUUACCUACUGCAAGGAAUUAUACCAGCUUGCCCAUAUCAGGCUCUACAUUUGAUUCAAUAAUAAAUGCAUCAAAACCAUGGUAUCCAGCCGUGCUGAGGACAAAUGGGGCAAUGGUGUCUUUGCCAACACCUGACUUUAGUAUGCCAUAUAAUGUAAUAUGUCUUGCCUGUACAGUGGUAGCCCUGGCUUUUGGACCACUCCAUAAUAUAUGCACAAAAGAAUUGGUGCUAAAACCAACAGGCACACCUGUUUCUUUAACACAAAAGAUUAUGAAUUUGUUUAAAAAGAAACAAGAUUAAGAAUUGUUGACCCUAAGGUAUUUUAGACUGAAUAAAUUAAUAAUUUUUUAGUGUA